AUGAUAGCAAUCAACUUUGAGAAAAAUACACAACAAUGUGCAGGAGCACUAGAGGAAACUUUAUCUGAAACAGAACAAAAAAUAUUUAUCUUAAAAGAGUGUUGCGAUGCUGUUAACGAUCUCUGCGGAUGGUUAAUCCUUUUUAAUAUAUUUAGUGGAGCUUUCAGAAUUCUCUUUUAUCUAGAGAUUCUAAUUAAACAAGAUAAUUAUUUUGUAACGCUGGUUGAUCAUAAGGAAGAGUUUCAACUGUUUAUGCAUAUCAUCAAGUAUAAUCAUCAUUUUGUUCUAGAUAGGUUGAAAAAGGAAAACUUGUAUAUGAAGGAACAACUCAGGAAUUUUAUUCGUUUUACAACUAAAAAUCGGCCCAAGUUUCAAGCAGCACGGUUCUUCAGAAUUUCAAGAUUUACUUUGUUUCAGAUACUUAAUUCGGUUACCACAUUUUUGUUAGUUAUUAUCCAGUUUAAAGGAACUUAA